CACGCUACUAUUAGUAUACGCGCGCGAACCCGUAGUAAUUAUUGUUCAAAAGGUGGACCACAACCGAAACCGGGAGCCGAGAAUUCUACAAAAUACGUUUUCACGUUUUAUACACCGAGGGCGCGGACGGGCACGGAGCAACGGCGACAGCGCGCGAACAAACGUGUAAUGCAAAAAAAAAAAAAAUAAUACGAGGACGUUAUUAUUUAAUACGGAAAUGCGCCAUAAACGCAACAAAGAGAUGACCGCGACGCGGCGGCGUCAGCGGGGAACGAUAACGUCAACAACCGAAAAAGGGGCGAGCCGAAAGCAAUAGUGAAAUGUUGUACACUUUUCGAAUUUGCCGCGUUUGGCGUAACGGCGCGCGAGGGUACAGCUGUAAAAGCGAAAUGUACAGUAUUUACGAAGGAGACGCGCAAAACCAACGAGCAACACUUGGAUUCCGCAGGAAACGCGGGGAAGAAUGCCACUGACGAAAUAAUGCAGCCAGCCGCAUUACGAACGGCGGGUUGCGGGGGUCCCUCGGAGCAUAUUGAACGCCGCCCGUAACACCGUCGAAUCGGGCGAGUCCAUUGCGAUCAAAUGCGGCCCGUCUCGCGUCACUCUCGUGUCUUGUGAAAUAUUUUUGGACUUUUAACAGUUUUGUGUGUGAAAUUAAACCCGGAAACAUGAAUAUUUUUCGAUGUGUGCGAACUGAAUUACUUGGACUUGUAUUAUUUUUGUGAAUUUAUUUAUCGGACUUGUUUUUUGCGUGGAAAAUAUUAAUUAUUUAUAAGCACGGGUUGGAGUUAGAUUUAUUUCGAAAAUUUUCCUUCAAAGUCCUAUUCCUACGUCGGGCCCGUUACAGUGGUAUGAUUGCUAUAACAGUUUUAUUAUAAUAAAAAUGAAAUAAUGUAUUAAUUAUUCUUUCUUUGUUUACUAUUAUAGGUAACUAAGUGUCUAUAAUGAUAAUCUUUCGGUCAAUUUAGUAAUUCAUUACACUAUCAGUUUUUCGAUACUCGGCACAACUCGUCAUUAAUCAAUACUCGCUAGAGGCUUGACAACAUUUCAGCAAACGAAUGUAAAAACGUGUAGGUACAACAACUAACAUUAAUUGCACUCGAUUGUUUUAUGUUUUAGAUUAACAGUCGUCGAUUUAAUUUCGUGAGAAUCACUCGCCGAUUAAUUUAUCACUUAAAACAAUCUAAAUAAUCGAGUAAAUCUAACAAUCGAGUACUUCGAGUAAUUUCUCUCGAUUGUUCCUAUCACUAGUAACAAAUAAAGUACUGAUACCUAGGUACCGUAUGGCAGAAUUAAAAAGCAAUUUUUUGAAAAGUGUCGGGAUUUUUGACGUAUCCUUUAUGGUGCAGCAUUAGAAAAAGUCACAACAUUUUUACUAGGUGAGUAAACAAAAAGUUACACAUAAAAAAACCUUGUUUGAUAAUUUAUUGCUACAUUUAAAAUUGAUAAUAACCGUAUACAAAUUGUAAUUCGACAACAUGUACACUGAAACACACUGUAAUUCGGUGACUAUAGUUUCAAAACGAUACACAAAUCGUUUGUUGUAACAAAUCGGGGUAAUGAUUUCUUAACAUUGUGUAUCGACAUCAUAAUUCAAGUGUAAUCAUAUGGUCCAAUCUUUUUGACAUUUUCAAUUCGUAAAUAUAUAAGUACCUAUAUUGCUAUUAACAUACGUAGGUAUUAAAAUAUUAAACGGAACUCGGAAAAUGAAUUGGUAUAAGACCAAAGAGCAAUUCGAGAUGUUGUAGGUACAGCUGGAACAAACACAGAUGUUCAUUGUCAAUAAGUCAUAAGUUAUUAAUUUUAACUAUAUAUAUUCAUUACCCAUUGCAGUAUGAACGUUUUAAAUGUUUCUUUUUUGAUUUAAUUGUAAGAUAAUAUGGAUUGGAUGAACACAUAAUCCUUCUUGAACAUUCCUAAAUGAUGAGUCAAGUGGUAAUAUAUUUAGACUUAUAACAUGAACAAUUCAAUUCUUUUUAAUUAAUUUAAAAACUAUUGUCGUUUAAUAAAGAACGAUUAAAAUAUAUGCUGAACUGUAGGUAGAGUUGGCCUGGGUUCCUGGGAUCAAGACAAUAAUCUAUUCAUUACCAAACUUUAUAGUAGGUACCUAGGUAAAACUAUUUCGUUACAUUGGCUGGAAAAACGUAAGAUUAUACCCUAUUUUAUUUUUAUUUAUAUUAGUAUAGGUAAUAUUUACACCAAAAAUAUUGAAAUUCUGAAAUAUAUUUUGUAUUAAAUAUUUAGAUUUGUGGAAAUAAAAUAGAAGCUAAGCUGUGUAGCUUGAACACAUUCCAAUGUAUUAUUUUGAUGAAACUCAUUUAGGGCAAGAGGUGAGAGAGUUAGUCAAUGGGUGUCCGUGUAUAAAACAAAAACAAAAUGAAAUAAAGUAGAACCUCGAUAAGUCGAAAUAAAUGCUUGGCGAAAACCUCGAUCACUCAAAAAAAAAAGAACUAUAGAUAACUCAAACAUUCUGUAUACCGAAUAUAGACAGAUAAUGAUGGAUAGUUUAAUAAUUUUUUGAUAAUACAAUAUUUAAAUAAUAAUACACACUAUAGUUAUAUGUACAUAUAUACUAUAUGUCUGUAUAAUUAUUAAAAACUAUAUUGCCCAUUGGUGUUUGUGUAGGCGGUCCUCAUAAAUUUCAUAACUAAGCUUUUACUGUCUACGCCCCAAUCCAGACCUUGUAUCCAGGUAAUUGUUUUCGCAAAAGAGAAAAAAAAAUCCUUAAUAAAUAAGAUCUAACAUAAUUUAGCAAUAAUGCAGCUUACUUUUAAUAUCGCCUAUCAAUUGUAAAAUUACCACUAGGGGACAGUUAUACAAUAUUUCUGUAUUUUCUAGAAAUAACACAAUGAUCAACAGCAUAUUGAUAACAGCCACACAAAGGGGACCAACAAUAUAGAAAUAUUAUAACUGUUUAUAAGGUUGCAUGAAAUGAGUGGUUUUCAGACCAUCCGACAAUAGUUAACGAAAUUCAUCCACAAGUCACUCUGAUUUUUGUAGUUAUUAAUUAUUUGAACAUGUAAUUUUUGUAUGAAAAGAAACUAAAAUACACUUGAUAUUACAGUUGNCACAAAGGGGACCAACAAUAUAGAAAUAUUAUAACUGUUUAUAAGGUUGCAUGAAAUGAGUGGUUUUCAGACCACCCGACAAUAGUUAACGAAAUUCAUCCACAAGUCACUCUGAUUUUUGUAAUUAUUAAUUAUUUGAACAUGUAAUUUGUGUAUGAAAAGAAACUAAAAUACACUUGAUAUUACAGUUGUCUUUUUGACAUUUAUGGCCAAAAGUAGUUACACGUAACAAAUUACUGUCGUAGGAAGAUUCUAAGUGGAUAAAAAAAAUUAAAAACGCCCAACUAAAAGUAGGUUUUUUCUAUUUAUUAUAGAAUUAGCUGAUAAAAAAAACCUCUAUAUCACCACCCUAGUUAGAUUUCCUUUCAGAAUAGUUGAACUUUAAAAUCUGAGCAAAAUUGCUUGUAGAAAAACUAACCCCCCAAAAGAAAAAAAAAAAUAUGUAACACCAAUACAUUCUUGCUCUGGUCAAAAUCUAAAAUAUGCAUAAUAUUAUGCUGUAAGUAGAGCCCAGAAUAAUAUGCAUUCGCAAUGUUUGUGCAUUGUGUAUGCACAUUGAUGGGAGUUUGAAAUGUCUACUAUUCAUAUCACAUAAAAUUUAAAUAUCAAAUUUUGAUUUUACAUACUCUGAGGAUUAUUUCAUAUUUUUUCAAAUAACAUGCAUAUAAUAUGUAUUUAUUAUUGAUAAAUCAAUUUUACUGUAGAAAAAAGCUACAUAAAGGUAUAAUUAACACAAAUGUAGUGUUGUUUAACUCUGUUUAAAAUGAAUAUCUUAGAUUAAAAAAAAAAUAUAUGAGUUAUGGGUGAACUAUUGAUUUUUUAUGUUGGUAAUAAAUAUUAUACCUACAUUUUAUAAUAUAAUGCAUUUUAAUUUUAAAUUUUCUUUUUUUUUCAGGGUUCCUUUUCAAAAGUCAUCAAUAUUGUAAAUUAUCAUUUUACAUAAAUAAACUUUCAAAAUCAAAAUGGUAUGCAUUUAUUUAUGUUUAUUGUUUUCUAUUUUUGAUUCUGUGUUGCCUUUUACAUGGUUUUAUUGAAAAACAUGAAAAUGCAUAUACAUGUGUAAACAAAAUCUCACUUCAAAGUGAUUUUCGUAGCAAUGGUUCUGUACAGAUAUAAAUUAAAUUCCUUUCUUUCCAACUUUUCAUCUACCACUGUGCAAGUGUGUAUUGUUUUAUUAUCUUGUGUAUUAUCUAGAAAGUUGCAGAGUUGCUGCCUGAUGAUACUUUAUUCACUUGUUCUUAUAAUGGAAAACUGUCUUUUGAGUUGUUCAUAACAUUAAUUAUUGUUACACUUUCAUUCAAAAUCAUUUGGUUUUAAUGAUUCAUCAUUGCUUUCAGCAUGUAAACCUUUUAACCUACAACUGUAAUUAUUUUACAAUAAAUGUUUAUUGUAACAUUUAAUCACAUAUAUAACAAUAUAGAGAAUCUGAUUGUAUUUUUUUUUAAAACAUUAAUGUACACAUAUUAAUACAAGACCGCAUAGGCAUGUAUAUUAUAUCUAUUAAUGAUAUAUUAUUUUAAUAUUAUAAUUUCAUUAUACAUUUUUUUUACAGGAUCUUUUUUGUGAAAGAUAUGUGGACUCUGAAGAUUCAAUAUUUGAGAUUGCAAAAAUAUUGUCCAAUGAUGACUCCAAAAAGUAAAUAAUACUGUAAUAUACUGUAAGGUUUUUUUUUCGGUUAACACAAGGGCAAUUAUCUAAUAGAGGGGUGGUCAUCUUUGGGGGGGGGGGGGUAACAUCAUUUUUAGUGUCUUGGGCCAAAAAUUAAAAAUACAUUUUUCACAGACUACAAUUAGUUAAUUAAUUAUUAGCUAUAAAGCUAUCAGGAAACAAGUUUAAUAAAUGUAUGAUCAUCAGAUGACUUAUCCAAAAUAGAUCACCCAUCAGGAGAUAAAUACUUAAAGAUAGAAACCAAAAUUCCCACUUUUAAGGAAUAUAAAUAUUUGUUUACUUAGAUUACCUAGAUUAUUAUAUUUUUGAUUUGUUUUUUAAAAUAUAUGUAAAUAUAUAAAUGUAUUUUAAAUAUGUUAUUCAUUUGUUUACACUGCUUCUUAAAAUGAUUUUGUAGAUUAAUUGUUGAUUUAUUACAGAUUAAGAUUGAUAAUGAAAAAAUUUAAAUCGUUAGGCUUUCAUAAAGUCAAAGAUUUAGCCCGAACAACAUUAGCGAAGUUCAGUAAAUUUUCUGUGAGUAAUUAUUCAUUACCGGAACUCUUUAAUGCUAUGAAGGUAACUACUGAAAUUUAACAAAUUUAUUGUUUUGUUAUACUAAUUUGAUUAUUUGUUUUAUUUAUUUACAGAUUUAUCAUGAAAAUCGUAGUAAGUUGAUAUUUAAAAAUUAUUAUUUUAUUAUAUGUUCUUAAAAUUGCUGAUAUAAAAAGUUUUAGAAAAAAAUGUUUAAUGUAUUUCUUACAAUUUCCCGGUUUUUCACAAAUGAUGAGUAAGGUCUUAAGAAAAUCGUAAUAAUAACCUCUUCCCAUUCGGAUUUCCCUUCAGAAAAGUUUGUGCAUUUAAAAAUAGGAGCAAGAUUUCUGGUAAAAAUGUAGUGUACGGAUAAAAAUAAUAAAACAGUCUUGUUCAUACCUCUUCCCUAUAAUUGGACUGAUCAGAAGAUUAGUGGAAAGGUCUUGUCAUUAAGUUUUCAUUAAAAUUUAUUAAAAAAAAAAAAUUUUGAAUGUGUAAAAUCAGCACUUUCUUAUCAAUGACAAAAGUGUAACUAUUAGUUUUAUAUGCUUUAAUUACACACAUUAUUAACUAAAAUAGUUUCUCAUCAUGUGUGCUUUAAUUCUAAUAUUCUCUGUCUAUUUUAUCUUCAGGUUAAAACCCAUAGAUAAAUUGUCUGAUGGAAUAUAUAUAUAGUGGUGUCCCAUAAAUAUUUUACAAAUGAAAUAAUUUGUUUGUUUUGCUCAGUAUUUAAAAUAUUAAUUUUUUUGUGUUACUAAAAUUCUGUGCUUUGAUUAUUAUAUUUGUUUAAACCAUGAAUCUAAUUUUGGUGAAUCAAUUGAUGUCAUUUAGUAGUGGAUAUUGAGACAAUUUGAAUUAUCUUUUAAAUACUUCAAACUUUUAAUUUAAAAAAAUAAUAUCAAUUAUUUUGCGAUUUUUCCAUUCUGAGCUGAGCAUGGAAUGUAUUUGUUUAUUUUUUUUUUUAUACUGUUCACGUUUUUAAAUAAUAUAUAUCAAAUGUUUCAGUUAACAUUAACGUAUAUCCAGAUAAAUAUUUUUGAUUGUAAUCAAAACUCUUUUUGUUUUCAGGUAAACAAUUUAACUCAAUAAAAGCCUUAUAUAUACAGAGUAAUUAUGUGAGUUGCCAAAAUGAGUGUGAAAAAGUUCUUGAAAUUCAUCCCGAUGAUUUGAAUAUUGUAAUUUUGUUGUCAGCAUCAUAUUAUAUGCAGGGAAAAUAUGAAGAAUCUUCAAAACUUUUACUUAAUCUUCCAGAAAAACAUCAUGAUUGUCCAGAAGUAACGAAUAAUUUAGGAGCAAUUAAUUUUCAAAACAGUCAUUACCUAGAAGCUUGUAAUAAUUAUUAUUCAGCAGUAACCAAAAGACCAGAUUUCGUUGGUUGUUGGUUAAGUUAUAUUUUAACAUUAAUCAAUAUGCAGAGUUAUGUAAACGCUAUUAAGAGCCUUAACAUGAUAGUUCUUUCUAAGCCUUCAUUAUUUGAAGGAUUUACUUUACUCGGCCAUUUAUUGUUGAAAUUAAAGAGGUUUGAUGAAGCAAGUUUCAGUUUUAGGUAUGCUUUAGCAUUAAGACCUGAAUGCUAUACAUCUUGGCUAGGCUUGGCAGAUAGUUUUGGAUGUAAUAAAAAAUGUAAUGGUGCAAUUGUGUGUUACGAAAAAGCACUGGAAUUGAAUAGAUCUUUAAAAAGACCUUUUCUAGGUAUUGGAUAUAUGCUUUUUCAACUAAGAAGAUUUGAUGAAGCAAUUAAUUAUUUGAAAAUUGCUCUUCUUGAGGGGCACCCAAAUAUGUACAAAAAGGUUUUACCUGUAUUGGGUCACGCAUAUUUUUAUAAUAAUAAUAUGUUGUCUGCUAUGAAAACUUACUUUUUGUAUUUGAAAAUUCAACCCAAUAAUCCGGUUGUGUUACAUGAUAUGGGUUUGAUAUUUAUAAGUAAUAUUCAUAAUACAGUAUCAGUUGAUCCGUGUUUUAAUUUGUGUAUUAACUUGGAAAAAAGGAACGCUUUAUAUUAUAAAAGUUUUAUUUCUGUAUAUCGACAACUAAAUAAAGAAGACUUAGCUUCUAAAAAAGCUAUAAAGUGUUUUGAAAAGCACAUGUUUAAAGAUGAUUAUAUCAGUGACAUGAGUGUAUUGAAAAGUGAUAGCCUCAUGUUUCCUGAAUAUUACUAUCCCCAUUGGAAUUUGGGAUUAAUGUUCAUUAUAUCGGAGCUCGACAAUAAAGCUUUAAUGAGGUAAAUAAUCUUAUACGAUAUUUUGAUAAAUAUAAUAUCAUCCUUAGUAAUAUUUUUAAAUGCGAUUUUCAUUCCUUGAGUGAUUUUCUCAAUGCAUGAACUUUUUUAAAAACCCCGAGUUUUGAAUUUAAUUUAAUUUAAAGUUUUACAAUUAAAAUCUUGUAUGUUUUCACAUUUAAUUUAACAUUUGUAUUUACUUUUGGAUCACCAGCAUAAAUAAAUGUAUAUUAAUUUCUUUUAAAUUUUAUUAAACAGGUAUGAUGAUGCAAAGAAAAUGAAACCCAACUUUUUCUUAACUUUUUCCAAUAUUGCAUAUAUGUAUGAAAAAGAUAAUCUUCUACAAGAAGCCGAACAAUUUUACGAAAAAGCUGUAGAGGUAAAUCCAAAGCAUUGUUAUACUAUUCGUAAAUUAAUAACCCUUAAACAUAGAAAAGGCCUUAUUGACGAUGUUAUUGGACUUUAUGAUUUAAUGCUAAAGCAUAGCACAUCUGGUCAUUUGGAAAUCUAUAAAGAAUUGGCAAAUUAUUUUUAUAAUGAAGUUGGAAACCUUAGAGAAGCAUAUAAUAAUUUUAAAAAAGCUUCAGAAAUCUGUGAUGACGAUUUUGAUAUUUACUUAAAUUUGGGAACAUUGUCACUUAAAUUAAGUGAUCAUAAUGAUGCAUUCAAUUAUUUCAGGAAAGCACUUGAGCUUAAUCCAAAUUGUAUAUUUGCUCACUUAUAUACAGGAUAUAUUUAUAAAGAAAGGAAACAAUUUAAAAGAGCCAUAAGACAAUUUAAAAAAUUAUUAGGUCUUCAACCAAGUCAUCCAGAUGCAUACAGCUUCUUAAUUAUGUGUCUACAGUAUACUUGUAAGUUUACACACCUGGAUGAGAUGAGCCUAAACAAAUUAAGGGAUGUUAUAUUCCAACAAUUGGCUAAUAAUGAAGUGCCAAGUAUUUUACUACGUCAAACUUUACUUUGUAAUUUUGAACCUGAAGUGCUUACAAGAAUUGCAUCAGCAUUAGCAAAUCAAUAUGUUGAUAAACAGUAUGUACAAAGAAGCUUGUAUUCAAAACAAGUAUACAAUAUAUCUCUAUCCAAUAGUUGCAUCCGUAUAGGAUAUAUAUACUUAGAGUGUAGUAGCCAUCCUACAUUAGAGUUGUUAAACUCUUUUAUCAAAUUACAUGAUAGGAGCUCAUUUGAAUUAUUUUGUUAUUCAUUGUCAUCAUUAAAUAUAUUAAGGUAAAUAUUCAAUUUAUAUUUUUUUAACUAAAUGUAUCUAAUAUAAUAAGGUGUUUGCAUAUGAUGCAUUCAUUCUAUAUAUUAAUAUUUGAAUUUAUCAGUAUUUUUCCAUGAGAGAAUAAUCAAUUUUAUAAACUUCAACAUAAUGAUUAGUAGACAUUUUUACUUUAACAUUUAUGUCCUUUUGCUCUGAUUUUCAAGCGAAGCACUUUUUCUAUAAGAAAAUUUGAUUAGAGUGGUGGUACUUAAAGGAAGUAAAUUUGUGUGUGUCCUAGUGUUUUUCAUAAUAAAUAGGAAAAACUGUUCAAUUUAUGCAAAGUGUAUUAUUUUCAAAUUGUAAAUAUUAUAACCUUCCAAAACAUGUAUAACCAAAUUCUGCUUAGAAUUGUUUUUCAUUAGCAAAGAUUAAUUGUUGCAUAUGGAUAUACAUAAAAAUCCUCUAUAUUCUACCUUCCCAAAUUGUGGUUACAACAAUGGCCCAUCUAUCAUGCUAAGUAUGUCUUUCUUUUUUUUCACAAACCCAGGUUAUUACCAAUUUACAAAGUACAUACAAAUCAUGAAAUUAUUUGGUCGGAACUAUAAUUUCAAGAAAGUAUUUUUUCGGGUCGUAAAAAGCAAAUAGUUUAAUCAAUUAGGAUUUAGAAAAGCCUGCUCUAAAAACAAGCUAGUUCCUGGCAUAGUGAUAUAAGCAUAAGCGUGUAUGUAGGGAGACUGAAAAGGCAAAGUCCCCCAAAAAUUUUAGCAGCAUCUCAAAAUUAUUUAAAGAGAAACUAUUUAGUUUCCUAUAGUAUUAUCCCAAGGAAUAUCUACAAAUUAUAUUAAUAAUUAAAAAGAAAAUGGAUUAAAAUACUUGUUAUUUUUGUCUAAUACUUAGGGAUUAAAAUUAAAUCGAAUCGAUAUACCUUUUAAUAUAGAUCAUGUAAAUAAAUAUAUUUUUUUCACAUUUAAAACGGGUCAUGUUCAAAUUGAAUUUCCAAGAUUUUGAAAAUUUUCCCAUUUUUUAUGAAAACCCGUGGGAAAAUCAAAAAAUCACCUUAAAGUACCACUCCAGUCAAAUUUCCUAAUAGAAAAGGUGCUUCAAUAAAAAAAUUGAGUAAAAUUGUUGGUGGAAAAGUUUGGCAAAGAAAAAAAAUAAACAUUGGAUUCCCUCUGUUCGGAAUCUAUAAAAAUAAUAGUAUUAAAUUACAAUUUUUUACAAUAUUAUUAACUUGUCUUAAUUCAUAAAUAUUUAUUAUCAACAUUGUUCUUUAGGUCAAAUAAUUUGCCUGCGCCUGAUUGUUGUGUUGAUAUUUCCAAACUCAGUCCAAUUGAUUCAGCCAAAAAAAUAAAUGCAGAUGGAAUUCAUAUUUUAAUUGAAGUAGGUGAUUCUAUAAGAGAAUCCCUGUAUGAUAUAUUUGUAUUGAAACCAGCUCCAAUUCAAGCUAAAUUACUUGGACAUCCUGGAACUAGUGGUGCUACUUUUAUAGAUUAUUUAAUAACCGAUGAGCAAUGUUCUCCGCCUAAUUUAGAUUGUUUGUACACUGAGAAGUUGGCUUACUUGAAACGAUCUGUAUUUUUUGGUGAUCACAUGUUAUUCUAUAAUGACCUAAGCCAACGAAAUUUUAAAAUAAAAACAAAACAAAGAAAUAGGUACAAUAAAACCAUGGGCACCUUUGAAAGUCAUAAUACUUCAUCUAUAUACAUCACUCAAACGUUUCCUGAUAGGUCUGUAAAGCACUAUACAAGACUGAUUUAUAAUGUGCCAGAAGACUCUGUAGUGUAUUGCUAUUUUGGACAGCUUUAUAAAAUAAAUCAAACUACUCUAAAUAUGUGGAUAACCAUUCUAAAGGGUGUUAAAAAUUCUGUGUUAUGGCUCUUACGGUUUGCUGAGGAUGCUGAAAAAAACAUUCGUGACUAUGUUGUACAAAAUGGUUUUCCUCCAGAGCGAAUAAUUUUCAGCGACAUAAUACCUAAGGAUGAACAUCUGAGAAGAAUUCAGCUGGCUGAUAUAUGUUUAGAUACACCAUUAUACAAUGGUCAUAAAAGUUGCUUAGAUGCUUUAUGGGCAGGAACACCAAUAAUAACAUUAUCUGGAAUUACAUUUGCAUCCCGCAUUGCUACUUCACAAUUAACUGCAAUGAAAUGUACAAAUUUAAUUGCCAUAAAUGAAGAAGACUAUAUCAAAAAAGCAAUAAAAUUAGGGACCAACGGCCUUCUAUUGGAAAAAAUAAGACAGCAUAUUUGGAGAUCAAAAAAAACAAGUGAACUGUUUGACUGUAAAUCCUAUUGUAAUAAACUAGAAAAUCUUUACAUAGAUUUGUGGAAAAAUUAUUCUGAUCAAUGUAUAUGAGUUGCUUUAGUUUGGGAUUGAUAAACAAUGUUAUUGGGUUUUUUAUUUAAGAUUUUAAAUACAAUCUUCUAACAAAAAAAAAAAUGACUAAAUACAGUCUGAAAAUUCUAUUUGAACACUACUUCUUAUUUUAAUUACUAAACUGUAAAAUUUUAUUUAUUUAUUCAAAUAGUACAUUUGUAUUAUUUAUUUUAUCCGAAAGAAAAUAUUGAUUAGUAUGUUUUAUAAAACAUGUAAUCAUUUUUCAUAAUAAUUUUUUAAUUAGACACAUUUACUCUUCAAAUAAAGAACUUACUAGUAUUAAUUUUGUAUGUGUUUUGUGUGUGUAAACCAUACAAUUUUAUUAAAUUUUUAUAAUAAUAAUAAUUUUUAUUUAUUCAUUCUAAUACUACAUUUGUAUUUAGUGUAUCCCAAAGAAAAUAUUGAUUUGUAUGUUAUUAAACAUGUAAUAAUUUUCCAUAAUAAUUUUUUUAAUUAGACAUAGNGUGUGUAAACCAUAAAAUUUUAUUACAUUUUUAUAAUAAUAAUAAUUUUUAUUUAUUCAUUCUAAUACUACAUUUGUAUUUAUUGUAUCCCAAAGAAAAUAUUGAUUUGUAUGUUAUUAAACAUGUAAUAAUUUUCCAUAAUAAUUUUUUUAAUUAGACAUAGUUACUCUUCAAAUAAAGAACUUACUAGUAUUAAUUUUGUAUGUGUUUUGUGUGUGUAAACCAUACAAUUUUAUUACAUUUUUAAAAUGAUAAUAAUUUUUGUUUAUUUAUUUUUAUGCUACAUUUGUAUUUGUUUUAUCCUAAAGAAAAUAUUGAUUAGUAUGUUUUAUGAAACAUGUAAUCAUUUUCCAUAAUAACUUUCUUAAUUAGACAUAGUUACUCUUCAAAUAAAUAACUUACUAGUAUUAAUUUUGUAUGUGUUUUGUGUGUGUAAACCAUACAAUUUUAUUAAAUUUUUACAAUAAUAAUAAUUUUUAUUUAUUCUUUUUAAUACUACAUUUGUAUUUAUUGUAUCCCAAAGAAAAUAUUGAUUUGUAUGUUAUUAAACAUGUAAUAAUUUUCCAUAAUAAUUUUUUUAAUUAGACAUAGUUACUCUUCAAAUAAAGAACUUACUAGUAUUAAUUUUGUAUGUGUUUAGUGUGUAAACCAUACAAUUUUAUUACAUUUUUAUAAUGAUAAUAAUUUUUAUUUAUUUAUUUUUAUGCUACAUUUGUAUUUAUUUUAUCCCAAAGAAAAUAUUGAUUUGUAUGUUAUUAAACAUUUAAUCAUUUUUUAUAAUAAUUUUUUUAAUUAGACAUAGUUACUCUUCAAAUAAAGAACUUACUAGUAUUGAUUUUGUAUGUGUUUUGUGUGUAAACCAUAAAAUUUUAUUAAAUUUUUAUAAUAAUAAUUUUUAUUUAUUCAUUCUAAUACUACAUUUGUAUUUAUUGUAUCCCAAAGAAAAUAUUGAUUUGUAUGUUAUUAAACAUGUAAUAAUUUUCCAUAAUAAUUUUUUUAAUUAGACAUAGUUACUCUUCAAAUAAAGAACUUACUAGUAUUAAUUUUGUAUGUGUUUUGUGUGUGUAAACCAUACAAUUUUAUUAAAUUUUUAUAAUAAUAAUAAUUUUUAUUUAUUCAUUCUAAUACUACAUUUGUAUUUAUUGUAUCCCAAAGAAAAUAUUGAUUAGUAUGUUUUAUGAAACAUUUAAUCAUUUUUUAUNAUGGUCAUAAAAGUUGCUUAGAUGCUUUAUGGGCAGGAACACCAAUAAUAACAUUAUCUGGAAUUACAUUUGCAUCCCGCAUUGCUACUUCACAAUUAACUGCAAUGAAAUGUACAAAUUUAAUUGCCAUAAAUGAAGAAGACUAUAUCAAAAAAGCAAUAAAAUUAGGGACCAACGGCCUUCUAUUGGAAAAAAUAAGACAGCAUAUUUGGAGAUCAAAAAAAACAAGUGAACUGUUUGACUGUAAAUCCUAUUGUAAUAAACUAGAAAAUCUUUACAUAGAUUUGUGGAAAAAUUAUUCUGAUCAAUGUAUAUGAGUUGCUUUAGUUUGGGAUUGAUAAACAAUGUUAUUGGGUUUUUUAUUUAAGAUUUUAAAUACAAUCUUCUAACAAAAAAAAAAAUGACUAAAUACAGUCUGAAAAUUCUAUUUGAACACUACUUCUUAUUUUAAUUACUAAACUGUAAAAUUUUAUUUAUUUAUUCAAAUAGUACAUUUGUAUUAUUUAUUUUAUCCGAAAGAAAAUAUUGAUUAGUAUGUUUUAUAAAACAUGUAAUCAUUUUUCAUAAUAAUUUUUUAAUUAGACACAUUUACUCUUCAAAUAAAGAACUUACUAGUAUUAAUUUUGUAUGUGUUUUAUGGUAAGAUGAAUUUGUGUUUGUGUGUAAACCAUAAAAUUUUAUUACAUUUUUAUAAUAAUAAUAAUUUUUAUUUAUUCAUUCUAAUACUACAUUUGUAUUUAUUGUAUCCCAAAGAAAAUAUUGAUUUGUAUGUUAUUAAACAUGUUAUAAUUUUUCAUAAUAAUUUUUUUAAUUAGACAUAGUUACUCUUCAAAUAAAGAACUUACUAGUAUUAAUUUUGUAUGUGUUUUGUGUGUGUAAACCAUACAAUUUUAUUAAAUUUUUAUAAUAAUAAUAAUUUUUAUUUAUUCAUUCUAAUACUACAUUUGUAUUUAUUGUAUCCCAAAGAAAAUAUUGAUUAGUAUGUUUUAUGAAACAUGUAAUAAUUUUCCAUAAUAACUUUUUUAAUUAGACAUAGUUACUCUUCAAAUAAAGAACUUACUAGUAUUAAUUUUGUAUGUGUUUUGUGUGUAAACCAUACAAUUUUAUUACAUUUUUAUAAUGAUAAUAAUGUUUAUUUAUUUAUUUUUAUGCUACAUUUGUAUUUGUUUUAUCCU